CAGCAGAGAGGAUCUCCUUCAGGGCGACAGCAGCUGCUACAUCUACUCUGUAAACUGAGCUCCGGAUUGUGUUUGUGUUCCUCUGAAGGUUCCUCAUCUGGACGUUCUCCUGACGACUCAGAUUCCUGCUGAGAACCUACGUUCUCUGGAUCUCUCUGGACAGACGGAGCUAACCAUGUUGUUCUCCAGCGGCCUCCUGCAGCAGUGCUUCUUCGCUGUGUUCCUACUCUGCUCUCCGGUUCCUUACGCGGGCCGGCCCGUGGACACCCUGAUCAGCAGAAUGAGACGCUCUGUAACUCAUACUCAGCUCAUGCACGACAAAAGCCGGAUGCUGCAAGACUUCAGGCGCCGCAUCUUCCUGCAGGGCCUUCUGGACGCGGUCCACACGGCCGAGAUUUUCCCAAUCCGGAGCGUUGGGGCCGGAGGCAGCAGCGGCGCUGGCGUCGGGUUGCCUGGACCCGGCCUGGGUAUCAACCCGAGCACCACGGGAAGCACCCUUCAGUCCAAACCUCCCGGAGGAACCAAGAACCUCCCCAUCACCUUCCAGGUGGAGGAGGAGGAGGGCACCAACCUGCCGCAGGAGACCAACAAGUCUCAGGCGUACAAGGACAGCACGCAGAAGGUCCCGGGAAAGAGGAAGAGGAAGGGGAAGUCCGGGAGGAGGAAGGAAGGGGAGAAGAGAAAGAGGACGGUGCGCUCCUUAAGGUGGAGGCUGGAGGAUGAAGCUGGGAGCGGACCCCACCUGGAGUGGAGGUCUCUGCUGGGCCUGCAGAGGGCACUGCAGUGAGACGCCGUCAGAUUCUGACGAAGGAAGAAGUCUUCACCUCGGCCUCUUGGACUCCUAAAUGUUCACGACUCAGUCUCCUGUUCUUGUGAGCGCUUGGACAGCAAAUAGAAAAUAUUUAUUGUGUGUAAAUAUCUGAGAAUAAGAAGCAGAAAUAUGUUUAAAUGAAACCUUAUUGGCGCUCUGUGCGGCGGCAGAUUUUAAUCUUUGUGAAUCCUUUUUUAUUCCAGUCUGAUGAUUUCCAGUAAUUUAUUUUGGUGUAUUUAUUUUGGAAACGUAUCGAGGUGCUGCUGACCUUCUAUAUUUUUGUACCAUAAUGCACUUUAGAUAUCUGACUAUAAUCUAUAAACCCUGAUCUUGUUCUUUUGUUGACUGAAGUGAAGAAAACUCCACUUUUUUCUAUUGUUUUAGAAAUGUUUUUUUUUUUUUUUGUUGAGGCUGUUUGUUGUUUUCCAUCCUCAUGAUGCCUUCAUGACCGUCAGUUUUCUCCACGCUCUGCUUCUCCUGGCCAAAGUUCACAGCUCGUUCAUGUUUGUGCACUGAGAUGAAGCCCCUGUUCUUAUCAGAUUAAACAUCGUCAUAUCUGA